AUGGCGACGAACAACAAACCGUUCCUCGCCAUCUUUCUCCUCUUCCUUGGUUUCCUCCGGUUCGAUUUAUUUUCCGGUCAAGAAGCACAAGCACCUACGGGAAGCUUAACCUCACCUCCGGGAAUAUACGUGUUCGGAGAUUCGUUGGUUGAUACCGGAAACAAUAACCACUUACUAUUUUCCAUAGCCAGAGCUAAUUAUCCACAUAACGGCGUCGAUUUUCCUUACGAGAAACCCACCGGAAGAUACUGUAACGGCAAAAACUCCGCCGAUGCUAUAGCUGAGAAACUUGGCUUACCGUUGCCGCCGCCGUAUCUCUCACUGAGAUCCUUACUAACGAGGGAGAUGAUAAUACCAGCCCCCUUGACAGGUGUGAAUUUUGCAUCCGGCGCUGCCGGAAUCUUCAAUAGCACCUUCCAGUCACUUUGUCAAGCUAUUACUUUCUCAGACCAAGUGAACGAUUGGAUCACUAUUAAAGAAGAACUCGAUGAUGAGCUUGGACCAUCCCCAGCCCAAAUGCACAUAUCCAAAUCUAUAUUCGGCGUGACCAUAGGUGUUAACGAUCUCUCCGACUACAUUAGUUCGUCCAAAGAGACCACUCCUCAACAAUAUACACAGUCAAUGGCUGAUACACUCAAAGUACAACUGAAGAGAAUUUAUGACACUGGAGCGCGUAAAUUCUUAGUAACAGGGGUUCCCCUGAUUGGUUGCACACCGAGGAGCAGAGAGAAGAACACAACAGUCUAUGCAUGCAAUGAAGAGGACAACAUGUUGGCGUCUUUGUUCAACAAAGCACUAGUAAAGAUGCUGCAACAACUCAAAGAAGAAACGAAAAACUCAAUGGCUUACACUUACUUCGAUAGCUACAAGGCUGUACAUGACAUUCUCUCAAACCCUGCCCCUUACGGUUUUACUGACGUGACAUCAGCGUGUUGUGGAUUCGGAAAGUUAAACGCGGAGGUUCCUUGUCUUCCUUUCUCAGAGUUAUGUCCGGACAGGACCAAAUAUUUCUUUUGGGAUCUCUUCGGUCAUCCCACAGAAGCUGCUGCUAAGGCCACCGCCGAUAUGACUGAUGAUUCACAGUACUCAUCUCCUUUAACUCUCUCUCAAUUGGUCUCUUCUUGA